AUGACGAAUGAUAACAUUUACCUAAGUUUGGCCUCCAUACAGGAUGCCUAUCAGACUUACCGAUUACUGUAUCCAGAAAAGCAUCUUCCGGAAGAGCCAUUCUUCUUCCAAAGUGGUCCAUCCGUCAAUGAAAAUUUAAACCAUUUGUCACUAUACGCAUUAAGGAAUCCGACAAUUGCAUACUACUGUUACAAGCCAAUAUUCUUAGAGCUUGUGGCCAGAUUGAUUCAAAAUGCUUCCAUCUUCGAAAGCGAAUAUUCCAAAAGCUUCAGUAACAAUAGUGUUCAAAGAUCUGUUGUCUUUACAGCACUUUCAACCUUGCUUGACAUUGCACCAGAGUUUUUGAACUUGUUUGAGCACUUUUUGCAGAAUUUGAACCCUUGGACAAAAAUAGAUAUUGCGAACACACUUGAAGUAGAGGGGAUACUUCUAGCAUACUAUCGUACAAUUCAUUUUGGUUCAGAAAGAUUUAGGCAGUACAUUAAUGCAGAAGUUAUUUACAGGAUUCUUGAAUCCAGUGGGCAAUCACAAGUUUCGAAAUACCUAUGUGUUGAAAUACUUACAAUUUAUCUACUGGCAUCAGAGCAGUCAAGAAAUGAAAUGUUGGAAAAAUAUGUCAGUGAUGAUGAGCUAAUUUCAAAGUAUGAUGACGAGUCGCUCAAUUAUCGUUUUCUUGCCUUGUCAGAAGCCAAAAGAAUAUCCAACUUUAAAAACUUGCCAGAAAAGGAAUUUUCAAGUGACCCAACACAGGAAUGUGCUAUCAUCUCACCGGCUGAUUUAUCUUCAACAGUUUUAGUGUCAGUUUGUGGAAUUUUAGUACCGAGAUUGGCCAGAGAUGCUUUUCGUGAACCCAGUCAGAUCGAUUUUGUCCCUACAAGAACUUCUGUCCAUGCAUUGAAAACAUUGGCCGUUGACAUUCAGUUGAAUCAGCCAGUGAUGCUCGUCGGUGAUUCAGGGUCAGGUAAGACCUUUUUGAUCAACAAAUUGGCUCACGAUUUGCAUUGUAAUGACUCCAUUGUUAAGAUUCAUUUGGGAGAGCAAACAGAUGCGAAGCUAUUGCUUGGUACUUACACCUCGGGUGACAAGCCAGGAACUUUCCAAUGGAACACUGGUGUAUUAACCUCUGCGGUUCAGGAGGGAAAAUGGGUACUAGUUGAGGAUAUAGACAAGGCACCAACAGAAAUUCUUUCCAUAUUGUUAUCAUUGUUGGAAAAGAGAACGCUUAGUAUACCGUCACGUGGUGAAGUCAUUAAAGCCAAGAACGGUUUUCAAUUGUUUUCAACUGUGAGGUUGAAUGAGAAAAAUAGAACCUUGCCUGACCUUAUUGGAGCAAGGUUCUGGAAAGUUAUCAAUUUGGAAACACCCAAUGCUGAGGAGUUGAAAAUCGUUUUGAGCACCAAGUUCCCCAUUCUUUCAAAAUUGAUUGACCUUAUUAUGAGUUGUUAUUUUGAAGUUUUACGAUUUUAUAACCAAAAGGCAUUUAUCACAUUAAACAAGGGAAGUUUACCAAGAAUUAUAUCAACAAAAGAUUUGAUCAAAUUUUGUUCCAGAAUUGAUAAGUUACUUACAUUGGAGGGAAUCACACAAUGUGACCAACCAUUGGAAACAUCUGUCUAUGAUAACAUCUUUGCCGAGGCUGUGUCUUGUUUUGGAAGCGCGAUUGUUGAACCCCAAGCGUUGGAACUUUUGGCUAAAUUCAUCGGGGAAAAUUUUCAAGUGCCACAACUGAGAAUAAACCAUUUUAUUUCAAAACAUACACCAGUGUUUCAAACUGAUACAAAUGUUGUGAAAAUAGGAAGGGCUACCUUGAAAUCUGGUGGUAAGAAAUCGGAUUCAUCUUCCUUCGCCAGAACCAAUCAUGCUCUUCACUUGAUGGAGCAAAUAGGUGUUGGGAUAAGCAUGGCUGAACCAAUAUUACUUGUGGGAGAAACUGGUACUGGAAAAACUACGAUUGUUCAACAUGUUGCAAAACUUUUAGGCAAAAAAUUAACCGUGAUCAAUGUUUCUCAACAAACAGAAUCAGGUGAUUUGUUAGGUGGUUAUAAACCUGUGAAUACCAAACUCAUUGCUGUGGGCGUUCAGGAGUAUUUUGAGUCCUUGUUUUUGGCAACAUUUUCGGAAAAGAAAAACGAGAGAUUCAACAAGGUGUUGUUGCGUUGUUUCAAUAGUGGGCAGUGGAAAAAUGUGUUGAAAUUGUGGACAGAGGCUUAUAAGCUGGCUGUGGACGUACUCAUCAGAAAAGAACCUCAUGAUGAUACUGAUGGUGCUCCAAGGAAAAAGAGGAAAUUCAAGGCAGUUGAUCCGGAUUUCCUUUUGCAAAAAUGGAACAACUUCAAGCAAAUGUUGAAGGAUUUUGAGGUGACUGCUUCAACCAGUGAUCAUUCUUUUGUGUUUAACUUUGUUGAAGGUUCCUUGGUAAAAGCUAUCAAGAAUGGUGACUGGCUCUUGCUUGAUGAAAUCAAUUUGGCAAGUUCUGAUACAUUAGAGAGCAUUGCUGAUUUAUUAAAUGAUUCUUCGGAGCAAAGAUCUAUUUUGUUAUCAGAAAGAGGUGACACAGAACCAAUUAAAGUUCACCCUGAUUUCAGACUUUUCGGAUGUAUGAAUCCAUCUACAGAUGUUGGAAAAAGAGACCUUCCGGUAAGUAUCAGGUCCAAGUUUACCGAGAUUUAUGUCCACUCCCCUGAUAAAGAUUACCAAGAUCUUUUAAGAAUAAUCGACAAGUACAUUGGGAGAUAUUCAAUUGGUGAUGACAUAGUGAUCAACGACAUUGCAGAACUAUACUUGAAAGCAAAGUCGUUGUCAGAGCUGAACAAAAUUGUUGAUGGUGCAAACCAAAGACCACACUUUAGCGUCCGUACAUUGACAAGAACAUUAAUCUACGUUACCGAUAUUGUGCCUAUUUAUGGACUCAGGAGGUCUUUAUAUGAAGGGUUUUGCAUGACAUUUCUAACAUUGUUGGAUGCCGAUUCAGAAAACCUACUCAAACCGGAGAUCAUAAAAUACACUGUUGGAAAGUUGAAGAAUAUGAAGUCCGUAAUGAGCCAAAUUCCACCUCCACCUUCUCACGAUUCGGGAAAAUUUGUCCAAUUCAAACACUACUGGAUGAAGCACGGACCCAAUGAAGUCAUUCCUCAACCUAAUUACAUCAUCACUCCAUUUGUUGAGAAGAACUUGAUGAAUUUAGUCAGAGCAACAGCGGGUCGAAGAUUUCCUGUAUUGAUCCAAGGUCCUACAUCUGCUGGUAAAACCUCAAUGAUCAAUUAUUUGGCAAAUAUAACUGGUCACAAAUUUGUCCGAAUAAAUAACCACGAACAUACUGACCUUCAAGAGUAUUUGGGUACCUAUGUUAGUAACUCCAAGGGGCAAUUGGUCUUUCAAGAAGGUAUUUUGGUUGAAGCUUUACGGAAGGGUUAUUGGAUUGUUUUGGAUGAGUUGAAUCUCGCACCAACCGAUGUGUUGGAAGCAUUGAACAGAUUGUUGGAUGACAACCGUGAGCUAUUCAUUCCAGAAACACAAGAGAUCGUGAAGCCACAUCCAGAUUUCAUGUUAUUUGCCACCCAAAAUCCACCUGGCUUGUAUGGUGGUAGAAAAGUUCUUUCACGUGCUUUUCGUAAUAGGUUCUUGGAACUUCAUUUCGACGACAUUCCCCAAGACGAGUUGGAGAUCAUCUUGCAACAGAGGUGUCAAAUUGCACCAAGCUACGCUAAGAGAAUUGUUGACGUUUACAAGCAGUUGACGGUACAACGUCAGUCAACGAGAUUGUUUGAGCAAAAGAAUUCUUUUGCAACAUUAAGAGACUUGUUCCGUUGGGCGCAAAGGGAAGCCGUUGGGUAUGAAGAAUUGGCUAUCAAUGGUUACAUGCUUUUGGCAGAACGAGUUCGUAAGGAGGAUGAGAAAAAAGUUGUCAAAGAAGCCAUUGAGAAAGUUAUGAAAGUUCAAUUAGACAUGGACGCCUACUAUAAUAAUUUUGAUCUUGAAAGUUUGAUUUGUAAGGAGACAAGUGUCGUUUGGACUAGAGCGAUGCGUCGUUUAGCAAUAUUAGUACUUGCCUCUGUCAAGUAUAAUGAGCCUUUAUUGUUAGUUGGAGAGACUGGUUGUGGCAAAACCACUGUUUGUCAAAUCAUUGCCAAUUAUUAUGCCAAGGAAUUAAUUGUGGUCAACGCUCACCAGAACACUGAAACUGGUGAUUUACUAGGAAGUCAAAGGCCCAUCAGAAAUAAAAGCAGUGUACAACAUGACUUACGAAGAAAUCUCAUGCAGUACUUGACCGAAAACGGCAUCCAAGGGUUGGAAAAUUGGACACUUGGAGAAUUGAUACAAGCUUAUAAGGAAAAGACAACCAAUUCUGAAGCUGAAGGUUCGGCUAUUAUCGAAGAGCAAAUCAACUUGAACUCGAUUUUGUUUGCCUGGAAUGAUGGGCCAUUGGUUACUGCAAUGAAGACAGGCAAAUAUUUCCUUUUGGAUGAAAUUUCCUUAGCUGAUGAUUCGGUAUUGGAGAGAUUGAACUCAGUUCUUGAACCCGAGCGAAGCUUAUUACUUGCCGAAAAGGGGUCGCAUGAUUCUCACGUAACUGCGACAAGCGAUUUCAAGUUUUUUGCUACUAUGAAUCCUGGUGGUGAUUACGGAAAGAAGGAGUUGUCACCUGCUUUAAGGAACAGAUUCACUGAACUCUGGGUGCCGUCAAUGGAAGACUUUCAAGAUGUUUUCAAGAUUGUGCAAUCGAGACUUCAAGUGAAAGAACUUGCAGAUUCUAUAGUGAAGUUUUCCGAAUGGUAUGCAAUGGAAUUUGGUGGUGGAAGCACAGUGAGCGGAGUCAUCUCCAUUAGAGACAUCUUGGCAUGGGUAGAUUUCAUCAAUACAUCACACUCGUAUUUGGGUGCGUCUGCUGCGUUAUUGAACGGUGCCGCUAUGGUAUUCAUUGAUGCUUUGGGAACCAACAACACUGCUUACUUGGCGGAAAAUUCGGAAACCCUCGAAAAAAUGAAACUGAAAUGUGUGGAUAUGUUGUCACGAUUUGCAAAUGUUGAUCUUUUCCGGUUUUCUAAUCAAAAAAUAGAGGUUGCUGUAACUCAAGACUCGUUCAAUGCGGGGUUGUUUAGUAUUCCCAGAGUGGUCACUAAUGAGGGUUUUCAUUCGUUUAGUUUAGAUGCUCCAACUACAGCAACAAAUGCUAUGAAGGUGACCAGAGCUAUGCAGGUUAACAAACCUAUCUUGUUGGAAGGUAGCCCCGGUGUUGGUAAAACAAGUUUGAUUACAGCAAUGGCCAGUGCAACAGGAAACACACUUAUACGUAUCAAUUUAUCAGAGCAAACAGAUUUGGUCGACUUGUUUGGGUCCGAUGCACCUGCAGAAAACGGUAAAGCAGGUGAAUUUGCCUGGAGAGAUGCGCCAUUUUUGCGAGCUAUGCAACGAGGUGAAUGGAUCUUACUUGAUGAAAUGAACUUGGCAUCUCAAUCUGUUCUUGAAGGGUUGAAUGCUUGCUUGGAUCAUAGAGGGGAAGCAUACAUUCCAGAAUUGGGCAAAACUUUCAAAAAGCAUCCUGAUUUUAAAAUUUUUGCUGCUCAAAAUCCUCAAUAUCAAGGUGGUGGUAGAAAGGGGUUACCCAAAUCAUUUGUCAAUAGAUUUAGUGUGGUUUACGUGGAUACUUUGAAAGCAGAGGAUCUCGAGUUUAUUUUGCUGCAUGUGUAUCCACUUGUUGAUUCUACUCAGUCUUCAAAAUUGAUUGAGUUUAUGUCUACUAUUGAAGAUGAAGUAGUUGUUAGGAAACUGUGGGGUCAUUCUGGUAGUCCGUGGGAGUUUAAUUUGCGUGACUCCUUAAGAUGGUUGAGUUUAUACACGGCAAAGAAUUUGCAAGUUAAUACGCAAAUCUCAGACUUUAUGAACAUGAUCAUUUGUCAAAGAUUUAGAAAUUCUGAGGACCGCACUCGCGCUGAAAAGCUAUUUGUUAGGUCAUUUGGAUCAUUUGCAAAGAGAGAUAACUAUUUUAACAAAGCUCCAUCGUUUGUCCAAGCAGGCUCAGCAAUAACAACAAGGAAUAGACUAAUGCAGUACAACAAUGGCGAUAAUCUUUUGCCAUUGCAAUGCAAUUUUGGUGUUAUGGAAACAGCUUUACGCUGCAUUACAUAUAACAUACCAAUGAUAUUGACAGGACCCACCAGCUCCGGAAAGACUUGUUUAAUUCGUUACAUGGCUAAUUUACUAGGAGCCAAAUUGGACGAAUUUUCAAUGAAUAGUGAUGUGGACUCCAUGGAUAUUCUUGGGGGCUACGAACAAUCAGACUUAUCAAGAGCUCUUCACAACUUUUUGAACCAUCUUUAUACUAUUUUGAGUGAAAUGGUUGUUUCAAAGGUAAGGUCAGAGAAUUUAGAUAUAUCCCAAGCCUUGAAGACGAUUGACGAGAUAUCCUCUGGUGUUGUGACAGCACACAACUAUGAGCAAUUUCACCAACAGUUAUUAUCCCUUACUGGGUUUUUGCAAAAGGAUGUUCUUUCUACGUCAGAGUCGUUGCUUUUGAAACUUUCACAACCUAGCUCAUUAAAGUUUGAAUGGUUUGAUGGUCUUCUUGUACAGGCUGUGGAAGAAGGUAGAUGGUUGGUGCUUGAUAAUGCCAACUUGUGCCCUCCAUCCGUUUUGGAUAGAUUGAACUCAUUGUUGGAAACAAAUGGUACCUUGAUCGUGAAUGAAUGCACUCUUGCAAAUGGGGAGCCAAGAGUAAUAACACCUCAUCCUAACUUUAGGUUAUUCUUGACAGUGGAUCCUAAGUAUGGAGAACUUUCUAGGGCCAUGAGAAACAGAGGUGUGGAAGCCUAUAUGGAUGCCCUUGGCGAGCGAGCUACUUUGUUUGAUCGCAAAUUGUUGGGUAUUUCAGGGGACACUGAAGAGCUUAAUGUAUUGACGAGUGAUUACGUGCCAACUGCCAUUUAUGGUUAUGAAAGGUGCACAGAAAUGGGCAAUUUCAGCCUUUUAGAGGAUUCUUUAGAGAAUGGUGCAUCGUAUAUGAGCUCGAUCUGGAGUAUUGUUCCCUUUGCCUCGUUAAAUUUGCUUCAAAGGUGGAAGGAUUUUGUUUGCAUGUCACCUGAGUUUAAUUCAAACAGCAAGAAGGUUUCACAAUUAGUACUUGACAACUUUGCCCUUUUUCACCAGUUUGGGUUGGAGAAGGCCACUCAUGAUUUGUACGAAUUUGGAAGCAAAAAUGCCAGUGACAUUUUAGGCGGUGAAGUGGGUUUUGGUGCCCAUCAAGCAGUCCAUCCACUAAUUAACAUGACAUUAGUGUCAUCAUUCGUGUCUGGCCAUAUUCUUGUUACAUCUUGUGAGUCAACCAUGUUGUUUGAAGUUGUGAAUGAGGUUAAAAAGAUUGGUUCGUUGUUAAAGAGUAUUGAGUUGGAUUCCUUGAAUAAGAAGAUUGGUGAGUUAACUUAUGUUGAAAAAUCUGCGGCAGUUUAUCUUGGAAGAGACUUGAAAUCGAAACCUAGACUUGGAGUAUUCCAAUUACUUCAAGGGUUAUUUGCCUUUGUCUUAAAGGUCCUUUCGAUCGAUCACUCGCAUAUAUUUUCCCACAGCGUGUUUAACCCUAUUUUUGAUUUACUCAUUACGUCAAAUGCCUUGCUUGAAACUUCGAGAGAACAAAAUGAAUCCAAGAUUAGAGUCUAUCAAGAAUUACUUAGAAGAUGGUGCGAAGGUAAUUCCAGUUUAUUACAUGUUGACGGCAACACUUUAGAAUCUACAAUCUCAUUGUUUGAUAAUGGUUUGGAAUUGACGUCAGGGUUGUCAAUGGGUCUAAUUUGGGAAAACUUCCGAGGCAAGUACCCACUGUCUCUAAAAGGAUGGGAUUACUUGAAAAGCGUUUACGGAAUUAUGGAUGAUCUUGAUUAUGUAUCCAAAAAGCAGUCCAUUAGUGCCUCGGUUAUCAUACAAGACCUCGUGGUGGCCUUCAGGCAGCUCUACACGGCAAUAGUCCUCAAUGAAUAUAAGGAAGAGGAUUUGAAUUUCGUCUUAUCAAAAGUGUACUCCACAAUGAAUGACCUCAAGGCCAAUUUGAUCUCAUUUGAUAAUGAUAGACAAAACAACUUCAAAGUGGAAUUCACCUAUGUAUGUGACUUUUCGGAGAGCAUGAAUGCUAAUCAAGAAUUGAAGAGUUUGUAUAUGUUUUCUGAGAGGUCCUUGAGAUCUAUUGUGGUUGGUGAUAUUGUGGGUCCCUUCCCUACUAUACUUGAAAACUUAUGGAAUCAAAACGAACCAAUUGACUCUAGGAUCCUGUCAUUGUUUUCGAGCCGUUUGCUUGCCUCCACUUUGGAAAAGGUCGCGAAUUUGAAAACAACAGCGGCCAGUCACGUUGGUGACACAGUAGGAGAUUUGAAGCUACUCACCGGAUCAAUGAUUGAAACUUCUAAGUACAUUUUGUCGAAUCAGAGAAUUGCCUUUGCCGAUAAAUUAAAUACUUGGUUGAAGCACACGUGGAUGGCUCAUGGGUUGAAAGGGGAUACAUCAGCAGUUGAAGACGGAGAAUUUGCUAAGUUGGACCCUAAGGUGGCCAGAGUCUUUAAGCAGUUCUUAGUUCCAGCUUCGACUUUAAUAAGGCUGAACGGUUUGACUAACCUAGGAAAAGCUUGGAUUUUGUUUGCCUGUGGACUCAUACAAUUGUACUUGCCCAGUGUUCCAAACGACCCAGCUAUCAAAGAGUAUGUCAUUUCGAAAGUUUAUUCUGCUCGCAUGUCUCACCUCAAUGGACUUCAGGAAUCCUGGAAACGUUCGAGAGAGGUAAUGAAUGGUGAUGAAUCAACUUAUUUAGAGUCAACUUUAAAGGAACUCACUGAUACAACUGAACCUGAAACUCCAAAGGUCUACCGUGGUGAAGAUUCCAUUGAUGGUUUGAUUGAUGAAUGGAACGCCAUGAUGGAGUCUAGUUUGAACUUUGAGUCUAUUUGCAAUUUGUUAAGUGACAUUGAGCUGAAGUCCUCCUCAGCCAAGGGCAAGUUGGAUUUGUUUCAAAACAAUCUUUCCAAGUUUGCACAGCGAAUGAAACAAAAUUAUCUUUUGUAUUCCGAUUUGAAUGAUAUUUUACUUGGAUAUAUAUAUGCAUUACAGUUUGGUUUCGAAUUGGUCAUGUUUGAUAACGAGAAAAGUACACAAGAGAACUUUUCGAAGGACUGGUUGAUUAACACUGUUGAAAUGUUGACUCCUGCAAGGGUUGAGUCUGAGUUUGCCAAUGCGCAAGCAUUUACAAAGAGGUCAGCCGUGGACGACCCGAAAGCUGAUGAGAUUAUGUCCUUCUUUAUGAUUCUUGGGUUUUCAGAAAAGGAAAAUCACGGAAUUGAUAUUGUCGGAAGAGCCAUCAAGUCCUUGUAUUACAGAUGGUCACUUCGUAAAAUGAGGGAGGAUCAAGAAAAUGCUCAAAAGGAGAGUAUGUUUAAGUACAAAGAUGAGGAGGACCAUGUUGAGGAAGAUUUUCAGAGAUUGUUCCCUGAUUUCGAAGAAGUAGUUGACUUGAAGGUUACCGGUGUAAAACAAAGUGAUGCCUUUGAGUUGAUUCAUCAUAAUAUUGCUACUUCUUAUAUUGAUAACUUUGUGCAUGGAACGAGACUCAGUGCAGAUGCCUUGUCAAAGAUAGGUUGUGCGUUAUUUGAUAAAUUGGUAUCAUCCAAUUUAAAAACAGAUUUCAAUAAUUCUUCAGCCUUGUCAGUAGUUAUAAAUGCGGCGUACUUCACCACCGAAGAUUUGACUCAACCAAGCAAAAGCUUCCACUUUUAUAGAGAUUGCAAUCCAAAUGAAGUUCAAAAGGCUGUCAAGAUCAUUUCCAGUGUGCAUUUGUUGACCAAAAAGAUGCUAGAGCAAUGGCCAGAACAUGCUACUUUGCGAAAUAUUGCCUUUUCCACUUCCGAGUUCAUGGCAUUCGCAAUAGGUUUACCUUUGGGUAGAUUCUUGCUGAAAUUGGAACAGAUUUACACCUACAUUGCCGAAUGGCAAAAGUACUCUUCUAGUCAAACUUCACUAGCAACCCAAUACACCCAAUUGACCGACUUGAUGGUAUCAUGGAGAAAAUUGGAAUUAUCUACAUGGAAGAGUUUGUUUGAUCAUGAGGAGGCAAUGUGCGGUGAAAAGAUUGGGUUGUGGUGGUUCCAUCUACUUGAAGUGGUUAUGAUUCCAAUUUUGGACAAUCGAGAAGAUGAGGACCAAGUGGUGAACAUUUUGUCAGCUUUGAACGUAUUUAUGAGCAGGGUUUCCUACGGAGAAUUUACUUUCAGGUUAAAUCUAUUGAAAGCGUUCAAGAAUCAUGGAUUGCAACUAGACAAAUCGCAUCCGAUUGUUAAUGCGUUGGGCAACUUUAUAAAAUUCUAUAUCCAAUUUGAACCGAUCAUACAAGAGGAUAUGGCGGCAAAGAGAGAUAAAUUGCAGAAGGAGAUCGAUGAGGUCAUUCUUUUAGCAAGUUGGAAAGAUAUCAAUAUUGACGCUUUAAAACAAAGUGCCAGAAAGUCCCACAACAGUCUAUACAAGAUUGUACGCAAGUAUCGUGAUGUUUUGAGUACUCCAGUUCAGCCGAUAAUAGAACAAGGUUUGUCGCAGCCAGUGAAAGAGAAUGAAGCAUUGGCUCUUCCAGUGAUUGAGCAGCUGAGCCUCAAAGAAGAUUAUGGUGUACUUUUAUCUAUCCCCACUUGGAACCAAAGGCCACUGAGGUUGCAAGAUACAUCAACCAUCAAGAGGAAUUUCAGAGUCUAUUUGGAUAGAGUUAAAAAUGAAGAAUUGCCUCAAUUGUUAGACUUUGCAGUGGAAACAGCCCGUGCUGCUGAUACACUUCGAAAUGAAACUCCGAAGGUGUUGAAUGAAGGAAACAAGAAGUUGGUUGCAGCAUUGAAGACGCAAAAGCAGAAGUUGCUCAGUGAUACUAUUCGUGAAAUAAGGCAGUCUGGUUUAAAGACUAGUAUGAGAGCGGAUAUACUUGCAACCCAGAAAUCAGUGAAUUUGAUCAUUGCAAACUCAAACAUCUUCGGUGGGUUUUUGGAAGGAUAUGACAGCACCUACUUUAGAAUCUUGGAUUUGUUGCCUCGAUUGAGAGCUGCUGUUGGCUCGCCAUGUGAAGACGUUCCUGCUGCAGAUCUUGAAAAGGGUUUAUCAGCAGCUGAGAAUUUGAUACAUUGGUUGAUUGUGAAGCGCUCACCACUUGCCAAGUUCAAUGGUGAAUAUGAGACAUUUCAGUUGUACGCAGGUGAUAUGUUGACUCUAGCCAAGAUGAAUAACGAGAAACUAAUUUCAACUGAAUGCUACAAAAGCAAAGUCGAAAACGUUAAAUUUAGGAGAAUGUGGUUACCAAAGUUGUUGGACUAUGCUAUCAGCACCUGUAACGCUAUUGGCAAAUUUACCUCCACCAUUGCAACCCGCGCCUUUGAAGAUUUGAAGAAAGAGUCGGAGAUGUUUUCAGACUUCGAAUCUGAUUCAUUGGUAUAUACUACGUCGAAUGAGAAAAUGAUGCAAGAGUAUAAAGAGUUUGAGAGCCGUUUGCGGAAUGCAUUGAAUGUAUGGAAAAGAGAGAAUUCAAAUGUACAAUUUGUUGCCGAUGUUGUCUUAAAUUGGUUGAAUGGAAAUGCUAAACCCGUUGAAAUUGAUAACGAUGUGUCUGGUACAUCAUCAAUUGAAGAUUGUGAAGUGGAAUAUAGAAAGUUGUCGUCAAUGAUUCUUGUAGCUGUCCAAAAGAUUGCGGAGUGUUGCAAAACGGAGGUAGAAAUUGACGAAAAAGGCUGGUUAAUUCAGGCUCAAAGUAAAGUGUCUGAGUACAUAAAACUUACGCACAUCAAAGAAAUCGUGGCAAAAUUAAAGACAUGUAUUGAAAUAUCCACCUUGACAGUUGAUCAAUCUUCAGUAAUUUCCUCGUUAGCUGCAUUUACAUUCCCAUUGGUUGAGAAUUAUUUUGAAUUAUGUUCAACUGUAUUCGAUAAAGCUAGAGUCAAUUAUAAAAAUUUGUCUAAAGCAACUUUUAUUUUGUCAUCGAUACUUUAUUCGCUAGCAACAAAGGGAUUCUGCUCCCCAGAGCCACCACAAGAGCAAAAGGACGAUAACAAUUUGCAUGAUGGAACUGGAUUGGGCGAUGGAGAAGGUGCUCAAAAUAAUAAUAAUGACGUGGAGGAAGAUGAUGAUUUUACUGAAAACGCACAAAAACCAAACGAUGAGCAGAACAACGAUGAGGAGCAAGACGAGAAAGAUGAUGCUGUGGAGAUGGAAGGCGAUAUGGCUGGUGAACUUGAAGAUUUAUCUGAUCAGGACAAAGAGGAUGAUGAAGGUGAUAACGAAGAUGGCGAAGAUCUUGAUGAAGAAGUUGAUGAUUUAGAUGAGUUGGAUCCAAACAAUGUCGAUGAGAAAAUGUGGGAUGAGGAGGCCAAGGAAGAAAAGGAGAAGGAGUCGGAUAAAUUGCCAGAAAAUUCAAACAAUGAUGAAGAGAUGGAAGCAAGAGAGGAUGAAGAACAAGGAGAAGCCAAGCAAGACCAAAAGCUGAAAGAAGAUGGCGAAGCUAAUGAAGAUGAUGAAGAAGGAGAAGAAGGAGAAGAAGGAGAAGAGGAUGUAGGUGAACAGGAGGAUAAAGUUGACAACCAAGAAGGAGAUCAAAUGGAAGACAACGUUCCAGAAUCAGAAGCCUUGGAGCUUCCUGACGAUAUUAAUAUCGAUGGUGAUGAUGAUGAACCUCAGGAAGACAGCGAGAAAGAAUUUGAAGACGAACAUGAAGACGAGUUGCAUGAGGAUAAAGAAACCAAGGAUGAGAUGCAGGUAGAAGAAAACGCCAAUGAAGAAAUUGACGAGGGGGACCCAGAUGAGCAGCUCCCUGAGGAUGAUGAAGAACCAAGCUUGGAAAACGAAGAAAAGGAAAUUGAUGAUGAAGAAGAAGCUGGUGCCGAACCCGAGGAUAGAAUUGAUGAGGAAAUGGAAGACCAGGAUCACGACAGGAGUGAAGACAAAAAAGAAGGUUGUGAAGAACCUAAUGACGACGCAAACGCGGUAGAUGGUGCCGAUGGAUUGGCCGAUAUGGACAAGGAAGAGGAUGUGGAUAUGGAUGCAGCGACAGAGCAAAAAGCAGGUAAAUCAGGAGAUGGUGCAGAAAAUGAACUCAACAAUAAUGAAGAGGGCGAAAACCUUACCGGUGAAGAUAAUUCGGCAGCAGAAGAGAAGAAUGAAAAGUCAAUUGAGGAUGAGGCACGUGAUAAAGCCAACGAGUCCCUUAAACAAAUUGGUGAAUCUUUGAAAGAGUUCCAUCGCCGUAGGCAAGAGAUUCUCGAAGCCGAACAAGAUGAUAAUGAGGCUAACGAGCAAUCCGCUAAUCAAAACUUGAAUGAGUUUCAACACAAUCCAGAUACAACUGCUGAUGACUUGCAGGCACUUGGAGCUGCUAACAAAGACCAAAUUCAAUCCAUCAAUGAAGAUAUGGCAAUUGAUGAAGAAGAAGAGGAAGGAGCUCGUGAUAAAGUCGAAGAUGAAAAUGAUGCUGAUGCUCCUGAAAUGGAUGAUAAUGAAGAGAUACAAGAGGGUGGUGAUGACAAUGGCGCUGCAGCACAAACAGUAGUUGAAGAUUCUGCAUCUGUUAGCGAAGAAAAAGAUCUAUCCACAUCUAAACCAACUACGGAAUUCGAUGACGAUGAUGAGGAAGAGAUUGAAGAAAUGAUUGGAAAGUACGCCGUUACAGAUGAUGAACCACCAUUGUCAAUAGAAGAAGCUCGUAAGUUGUGGAAAGAAAGUGAAAUUGCAACACAAGAGUUGGCUUCGGGACUAUGUGAACAAUUGAGAUUGAUCUUGGAACCUACCUUGAGUACCAAAUUACGCGGAGACUAUAAGACAGGAAAGAGGUUGAAUAUGAAGCGUAUUAUUCCUUACAUUGCAUCUGAUUUCAAAAAGGAUAAAAUUUGGUUGAGAAGAACCAAGCCUUCUAAGCGUGAGUAUCAAAUUAUGAUUGCUGUUGAUGAUUCAAAGUCUAUGACGGAAAGUAACUCGUCAAAAUUGGCCCUAAAUAGUAUUGCAUUGGUAUCUAAGGCGUUGAGUCAAUUGGAAAGCGGUGGCUUAUCGAUCGUUAGAUUCGGUGAAGACGUAAAGAUCGUCCAUCCAUUUGACAAACCGUUCAAUGCUAAUAAUGAAACUGGUGCCAAAAUUUUCCAAUGGUUUGACUUCCAACAAUCAAGAACUGAUAUCAAAGCAUUAUGUAAUGAAUCGUUAAAGAUAUUUGAGGAUGAGAAGUUUGAAAAUAAGGCUGAUUUGUGGCAGUUGCAAAUCAUCAUUAGUGAUGGUGUAUGUGAGAGUCAUGAGAACAUCAUGCGCAUGGUUAGAAAAGCAAGAGACGAAAAGAUUAUGAUGGUAUUUGUUGUCAUUGAUGGAAUCAAUCUGAAGGAGUCGAUUAUGGAUAUGCAACAGGUGAGAUAUGAGACUAAUGAAAAUACCGGUGAAAUGGUUUUGAAAGUGGAUAAGUAUCUUGACAGUUUCCCAUUUGAAUUUUAUGUCAUUGUUAAGGAUAUUAAUGAGUUGCCAGAGAUGCUUUCAACCAUCCUUCGUCAAUACUUUACCGAGAUAUCUACAGUAUAA